AUGACGUUGUUUUGCUUCUUGUGCGCCGUCGAUUACUUCAAGUGGCGGAGCAGUGAAAGUGGUGUUCCAGAUGGGAAUUUGCAGAUAUACACGAAACCGAUCAAAGCAGCCGAUCUGAUGGUGGAGAAUCCAGGCCAAUUCGUGUGCUAUUCCAGCAGUUUAAGAGUCGGUUCCAGGGUUUAUGGAUUAACGGCGGAUGAUGAACUAGAGCGGCGCCAGGUUUAUUUCCUUCUUCCCAUGGACCUGCUUUACUCCGUGCUGACUCAAGAGGAGAUGAGUUGGCUCAGUUACAACGCUAACAAGGCGUUGAAACAUGCCGGCUUUAACAUCGGGAGGAUCUUCCCCGUCGUCUUAACCGAGUUCUGUAUUUUCCCGUUCGACGCGAAGACGGCGCCGAAGAACUCGGUCGUAAACGGUGCGGAGGAUUCCGUCCAGAGGUUCUCGAAGCAGAGAUCGUGGAAGCCGGCGUUGGAGACCAUUCUUGAAACUCCCUCCUCGUAG